UGGUUAUUUUCUGUCAGAUCUGGCAAUGAUUCUUUGGCAUUUCCCAGCUUUAGGUGGCUGGAAUAGGUCCUACAUCAUGGGCUAUCCAUGUUUUCAAUCUUUCUUGCCCUUGUAAGUGGUCAAGGGCAGAUAUACAUACUCAUGGUUCUCUUCUCAGAGAUUACAACACCAUUUGUAAAUCUAAGAUGGUAUUUAGAUGUUGCUGCUCAAAAAAGCUCCAAUAUAUACAUAUGGAAUGGUGUUGCAUUGUUCCUAGGGUGGUUGGUAGCAAGGAUUAUUUUGUUCAUCUAUUUUUUCAUCCAUAUGGCCAUCCAUUUUGAUCAGGUGAAGGAAAUAUUCCCCUUGGGGUUCUACAGCUUGCUUACAGUGCCUCCAGUGUUGGGAGUUAUGAAUGUGAUUUGGUUUUGGAAAAUUGUAAGAGGUUUGAUUAAAACUCUAUCAAAAGCAAGACACAGCCAGUGAUCCUAACUUUCUCUUCUAUGUUGGCCACGUAAGUGCAUUUUACUUUUUUUUUUUUUUUUUAAAUUUAAAAGAUGAUGGGGUCAUUAAUCUGUAAAUUGCUAUCUUCCCACAAAAAUUGUCGAUAGAAAUUUGAGACAUGCUUUCUUUUAGUCAAAAUCUUAGCAAUUAAGUAGAUCAAUAUUUUUAUUUAUUUAAUAAUAAAUAUGUUAGUUGAUUUACUUUUACAUAAAUAUUUACUAAUAGUGGG